UUUCUGUAAACCCUGCUUGGCUUUAUCAGCCUGCAGCUACAGUACACGGGUCCUGUCACAAACCAUUUUAAUCUCCCGGCCUCAGUGUACGACUCGCCAUUGAUGGGAUUAACUGUGAAAAAGCAGAGAGCCGAGCACGUUGCAGCGCGCCGUGCCAGCCACACCUGAGCUGUCGGGCGGUCCGGGGAUGUAACGCCGGGCUGCUCGGCACACACGGGGCGGGGGCGGGGCGAAACCGGAGGAUGUGACGUCCUGCUCGGAGAGGAGAUUGUACCAUAUCCAGUAACUGCUGCUCGUUAACGUUGAUGUUUGGUGAGGAUUAUUAGGCUAAAGGCAGCGGGAUGGAUACGUGAAUGCAAGAGAACAGACAGAUAAAAGACAGAGGAGUCACAUCAGCAGGCCUAACACCAACCAUGGAUCUAACUUUUAUCUUAUCAGCUGUUAUUUUCACGCUUCUCGCCAUUGUGGUGGCAACGUCGCUACUUAACGGAUCUUCGCCCACGGUCGAGUUUGCAAACGCACGGCGUUAUUUCGGACACAGAGGAGAGUCUUCAGACGGGGGAUUAGAUCAGUCAGAAGGGCCGAAGCUGAACGGUUAUGUACCGGACAAGAAGAAGAAGAAGAAGGCAGAGGACGACUGGUGCGAGAUCAGCGGGAGUUCACACGACCACUGGGAUGUAGUGAAAUCAGUGCUUUCAGAGGAGGCACAUCCCCACCCUCACAGUGAAGAACUGGCAACACCAGUUGAGCACUCCUCCUCCACAUCUAUGAGCUUAGACUGGUCACCCGAGGCCUCGUCAGGGAGGGGCCGCAGGUCAUUCAUUGCGCUCUCUGAUAAGGAGCUCCUAAAGUGUGCUUUCUCUCACCCCCAGACUGAAGGAGCCACAGAGAGCCCGGAUAUCAACGAUGAAGUGGAAUCCAACAAUUCCUUGAAGUACGUCCCUGGAAAGGCGCGAUCCCACCACUUGCAAACAAUGAUGUCCAAAGAGGAGUUGGAGGAGGAGCAGAGGAUACACUUCAACACAGACUGUAACUGUCUGUAAGCCUGAAAAAGGAGCAAAUAUGUGGGUGCAACGUGAGCAGCUGGCCGCCAUCUUUCAGCUGCUGAAAGACAACAGGGAGACGUUUGGGGAGCUGUCCGAGGGAGACAUGGAGGAGCAGCUCAGACUCUACUCCAUCUGAGACUCCUCUCUGACUCUUUGUGCUGCGAUCCAGCUUCUGAUUGUGCUCUUUAACCUGUGAGCUCUACUGAAGGACAAUUCCAGUACACCAAAUACUUGUUCACAGUAUUAAACAGCAGCUGUACUGUUCACUCAACUUCCAAUUUCAUUUGUGUUUUAAUAUGACAUACUUGUUUUAUUGUGUUGUUUUGUUGCUGACACGUCCACAUGAAGACUAAACCAAAGCAGCUGGAUCUUUUCCAGUCCACAACAGGACUGUCUAGCUGACAUAAUGUAAAUAAGGACUGAAAGGCAUACAGGGUUAUUGUUCCAAAUAGUUUUAUAAUAAAAGAAGAAAAGCUUUUAAUUUAUUACAUAACUUUUUUAACUCAAUUGUAUCUUCGUUUAAUCUGUAACAUGUACAAAUCCUGUAAAGCUACUCCCCAACUGUCAUGUAAUAAACCAUAUCAUGUACCUCUGUAA